AGAGCGCGUCCGUGUAGUUGCCCAAAAUGCCGAAUAUCAAAAUCUUCAGCGGGAGCUCCCACCAGGACUUAUCACAGAAAAUUGCUGACCGCCUGGGCCUGGAGCUAGGCAAGGUGGUGACUAAGAAAUUCAGCAACCAGGAGACCUGUGUGGAAAUUGGAGAAAGUGUACGUGGAGAGGAUGUCUACAUUGUUCAGAGUGGGUGUGGUGAAAUAAAUGACAAUCUAAUGGAACUUUUAAUCAUGAUUAAAGCUUGCAAGAUUGCUUCGGCCAGCCGGGUUACUGCUGUCAUCCCACGUUUCCCUUAUGCCCGCCAGGAUAAGAAGGAUAAGAGCCGGGCUCCCAUCUCAGCUAAGCUUGUUGCAAAUAUGCUAUCUGUGGCAGGAGCGGAUCAUAUUAUCACCAUGGAUCUACAUGCAUCUCAAAUUCAGGGCUUUUUUGAUAUCCCAGUGGACAAUUUAUAUGCAGAGCCAGGUGUCUUAAAGUGGAUAAGGGAGAAUAUAUCUGAGUGGAGAAAUUGUACUAUUGUCUCACCUGAUGCUGGUGGAGCCAAGAGAGUGACCUCCAUUGCAGACCGAUUGAAUGUGGAUUUUGCCUUGAUUCACAAGGAACGGAAGAAGGUCAAUGAAGUGGACCGCAUGGUGCUAGUAGGCAACGUGAAGGAUCGGGUGGCUAUUCUUGUGGACGACAUGGCUGACACUUGUGGUACAAUCUGUCAUGCCGCUGACAAACUUCUCUCAGCCGGAGCUACCAGAGUUUAUGCUAUCCUGACUCAUGGAAUCUUUUCUGGCCCAGCCAUUUCUCGCAUCAACAAUGCAUGCUUUGAAGCAGUAGUAGUCACCAAUACCAUACCUCAGGAGGAGAAGAUGAAACACUGCUCCAAAAUACAGGUGAUUGACAUCUCCAUGAUCCUUGCAGAAGCCAUCAGAAGAACCCACAAUGACGAGUCUGUCACCUACCUGUUCAGCCAUGUUCCUUUAUAACAGUAAAACUUCUGAAGCUUUGAAAAUAAACCAACCCCACCCCUCAUGUUUCUUGGUAUUUGAGUUCAGCAGAAGACCCAGCUUGCUCCAGUGUAGAUUUUUACUUCCCACAUUAGAUGCAUUAGAAUUUAG